GCAGAGCGCCCGGCUUUGUAUGUAAAUGCCUGCGCGCUGACUGCGGGCUGGGCCGCCGGCCGGGAGCCCGGGGGCGGCUUUCCCCGUGCAGACGCGCCGCGUAGCGUGAGCCUGGGCGGCUGCCGGGCGCUGCAGUAGCUCCCCGGGCGCGCCGAGGCGGAGCGGCGGCAGCGGCAGCAGCAGCGCAGGCGGGCGGCGGCCUGGCCCCCCGCGCCGGCCGCCCCUAGCGCGCAGCCGGCGGCCGUUGGGGGCGGCGGCCAUGGCGAGCCGCGGGCCGCUGCCGGCCGCCCGGGCGCUGCAGGCCUGAGGGGGCUGCGGCGGGGCCGGGCGGGCGGGGAGCGGCGCCGCCGCCUGCGCAACCCCCCCCCCACCCCCGCCGCAGCCGCGGGGCCGGCGCUGCCGCCGCCGCCUCUCGCAGCGCGCCGGGGUCGCCACCGGGGGCCGCGGGGUUUUUUCCUGAUUUGUUUGGGUCUUUUGUGCGGCGGCUCGCGGCUGGCGGAGCGCUGCCGGCUGAAUCGGGCUAUUGUUCGGAAUCCCGGAGCUUUCACGCUGCAAAUCCUCCCCCCCGCCCGCCCCGCUUUUUUUGCCUGAGAAGCCACAUAAUGUGUCUUUCCUCCGCACGAAUCUGGAAGCUAUAAGCUGGACUGAUUGCAAAUGAAGUGUAAUGCAUUGUGGGACGUGUGUAAAAUUGGAUCAUUCGAGGGGAAAAAAAAAAAAAGGAAAAAGGAAAGGAAGGGACCUGCAGCUCGCGCCGUAGAAGAGGUAGCGGCAAGAUGCGGACAGGUUGCGACCCGGCGGUACCUGCGCUAGGCUGAUGCCAGGCCGCGCGCGUCCGGCGAGCCGCGGGGCCCGGCCCGAGUCGCUGCGGGACGACUAGGCUCAGGUGUCCUCAGGAUGAAGAAGACGCGGAGCACGACCUUGCGGCGGGCCUGGCCUAGCUCCGACUUCUCCGACCGGGCCUCGGACCGCAUGAGGUCCCGCAGCGAGAAGGACUACCGGCUGCACAAACACUUCCCACCCGCUUUUAUUUCCCAGGCAUCACGGGGCUACAUGACAUCAGGUGAUGUGUCACCAAUCAGCAUGUCUCCCAUCAGUCAGUCACAGUUUAUUCCACUUGGGGAAAUCCUUUGCCUGGCCAUCUCAGCAAUGAACUCUGCCCGAAAACAAGUCACACAAGAAGCACUAAUGGAGCACCUAACAACUUGCUUCCCAGGGGUUCCAACACCCAGCCCUGAAAUCCUUCGGCAUACUUUGAAUAUGCUUGUACGGGAGAGGAAAAUAUACCCAACUCCGGAUGGUUAUUUCAUUGUAACCCCACAGACUUACUUUAUAACACCCUCUCUCAUAAGAACUAACAGUAAAUGGUACCAUUUGGAUGAGAGGAUACCUGACAGGUCUCAAUGUACCUCUCCACAACAAGGAACUGUAACUCCCUCCACCUCGGGAUGCGUCAGGGACCGAACACUACCCAAAAACCACUGCGACUCCUGCCAUUGUUGCAGAGAAGACAUGCACAGCAUGCAUGCAUCUACCCUACAGAGGAAAUCAGCAAAAGACUGUAAAGACUCAUAUUGUCCUCCUUCAUUAUGUCAGGUCCCACCUACUGAGAAAAGUAAAAGUACUGUCAAUUUUUCUUAUAAAGCAGAGACACUCACAAAGCCUAAGGAUGUAGAAAAGCAGUCUAAGAAAUUCGGACUCAAAUUAUUCCGAUUAAGUUUUAAGAAGGACAAGACAAAACAGUUGGCGAAUUUCUCUGCCCAAUUUCCUCCAGAGGAGUGGCCGCUAAGGGACGAGGACACCCCUACCACUAUACCUAGAGAGGUAGAAAUGGAGAUUAUCAGGCGCAUUAACCCAGACUUGACUGUGGAAAACGUCAUGAGGCACACUGCACUAAUGAAGAAACUUGAAGAAGAAAAAGCUCAACGAAGCAAAGCUGGAUCUUCAGCUCACCACAGUGGUCGAAGUAAAAAAAGUAGGAAUCACAGAAAGUCUCAUGGGAAAUCGAGGUCACACAGUAAGACUCGGGUGUCCAAAGGAGACCCAUCAGAUGGUUCUCAUUUGGAUAUAGCUGCUGAAAGAGAGUAUGAGUUUUAUGAUCCCUUGACUCGAUCCCCACGGGAAGGCUGUUUUAUAAUAGAGCACAAGGGAGAUAAUUUUAUAAUGCACAGCAAUCCUAACAUGAUUGAAUCUCACUUUCCCAUGACACCAGAGUGGGAUGUGUCUGGUGAGCUGGCCAAAAGAAGAACUGAAAUGCCUUUUCCUGAACCUUCCAGAGGAAGCUCCCACUCCAAGGUCCAUCGGAGCCACAGCCAUACACAGGAUAGAAGAUCAAGGAACGAGAGGUCCAGUAAGGCCAAAGAAAGGUCUAGAUCUAUGGAUAACUCCAAGGGACCUCUGGGUUCUGCUACUUUGGGCACACCUGAAGACAUAGGUGAAGGCUGUAGCCCAGAUGACCAAACAACUAGCCAAACUUACAUUGAUGAUAGUACCUUAAGGCCAUCUCAAUCACUCAGUCAUCAAAGGGCUCUGAUUUCAUCUGCAGGCUACAAAGAGACUUGCAUCCCUGAAAUAGUUAGUGGCAGUGUAGAAACCCCCAGUUCUUGUAGCCUGUUGGAACAAAACAAGCCUACAGAGAGUUUGCCAUCGUACAGUGAUCUCAAUUCCUGCACAACAAAGUCUGCAGUUGAUGACUAUUUUCAGUGCAACACAUCCAGUGAGACUGUGCUUACUGCUCCGUCACCACUGGGAAAGAACAAAGAGGAUCAUGACACACUGACUGUCACAGAGGGGCUCAAAAAAAUGAGUCCCUCAGAAAGACAGUCUCAACAUGUUGCUAGGGAGCCUGGGGUGCACAAAGAGGAGUCCCCAAAGGGUCCAAGCAGUGGUUCAGCUGUUGCUGGCCAGACUCCAGAGGUGAUUGCAAAUGGGCGGCUGAUUCAACACCAUAACACUGAAUCAAGCAGCCUUGAUAAAAGGAAAGAAAUAUUUAGCAAGGAUACACUCUUUAAACCUCUGCACAAUACUCUUUCUGUGAAUAGUUAUCAUAAGUCUAGCACACCCCUGCUAAAGCCCCAUCAAAAGACUCCCUCUGACACGUUGCCAGUCAGAUGUGAGAAACUUGAACAAGCGAUAGUAACCUCAGUCACACAAGUCAUGCCCGUUUCACAGAGACAGCAAGAGACGACUGGGAACCAGGAGGCCUCCUUCGACUACUACAAUGUAUCUGAUGAUGAUGACUCGGAGGAAGGAACAAACAAAAAUGCUGAGGAAGAAAAGAACAGGGAUGAUGUUGGCACUAUGCAGUGGCUGCUAGAGAGAGAAAAGGAAAGGGAUCUGCAGCGAAAGUUUGAGAAGAAUCUCACUCUUCUUGCCCCAAAGGAAAUGGAAAAUAGCAACAACCAGAGAGCCACCCAUUCAGCUCGCCUGGACAGCAUGGACAGCAGCAGCAUUACUGUGGACAGCGGGUUCAACUCUCCACGUACUCGUGAGAGCCUGGCAUCCAACACUUCGAGUAUUGUUGAAAGCAACAGACGUCAGAACCCAGCUCUGAGUCCUGCACAUGGUGGCGCAGGCCCAGCGUUCAACUUCCGAGCGACCGCAGACCCACCGACGAGUGAAGCUGAGAAACUGCAGAAACCUGCUAACUGCCUGCAGGCUUCUGUUACUAGUGUCUGAUAGUCAUUCUGCCUCAGAUCUCCUGUCUCAUCCUAUAUACAGCAAAGUUUACGACACUGGGACUGAUGUUUACAUCUUUGGGGAAAAAAAGCAUCUCAACCACAGUUUUAGUGUUUACUUAAACUGUGCUGCUAUGUAGACUAGGAGCAACAAAGAAAUCUUUAUUUCAAGGUAUUGCUUUUCACGUUUGCGGCUCUAUAGCAACAGAAUAGCAGUAGGGAUAAUAUGUACACUUUUUGCUUCACUUAAUUGUAACUGAGCACAUAUAUGAAAGUCUAGACACUGUAAGUGUAAUCUGCAUUUUCAAUGUCCAUGCAGUUGCCAACUUCAUAAAAAAAAAAAAAAAAAAAGAAAAAUGCCACAGAUGUGUGAUGCCCCCAGUCAGAGGCUAAACUCUGCUGCAGAGUUGAUCGUUUUUUACUUCAAAAACUGAGCCACUGCUGAAAGUAACCAGCCAGGAUCACUUUGAGGAAAAACAAUGCCAAACAUGACAAGUGAUGACCUCAGCUCUAUCUGUGAAUUAUUAAUACCAAUCAGUCAUUUUCACUGUGCAUUUUGGUGACACAAUUUUGCAAAUACCCAUAUAAGGGAGUAAAAAGAGGUCGUGGUUUUGUUUUUGUUUUUUAAGUAUGUAGGGUGGGGAGGGAGACUGGUUUCCCUUCUGUGUUUCAAAAGGAUGAGAGAUGUUUACUUACUGAAACUUGCUACUUGACCUUCCGUAGUCACAAAUGAGGAGGUAGGCCUUUGCAUAGAGGGGGGAAUGGGGAGGGAAGGGAAAGUUUAACUGUCGUGGAGCCACAACACAGAGUGACACAAAAUAUAACAAAUAUCUUUAGUAUAAAUCAAAUAUUUAAAAGAGAUGAUCUCAUUCUUGUGUCACUUUGGUAUUGCAACUUGCCAUUAAUAUAAGAAUCAAAAUAACUAAUUUCUUUGAAUAAAAAUAUUCUUUAUGAUAUAAAUGACAAGUAUGGCCUGAAGAAAUGAUUUCUUUCUAGUGGAAGGACAUAAAUCUAUUUUAUGUAGCUUUUUAAAUAGAGUGCCUAAAUUAGGCUAUUGAAAAUAGCAUACAUUGUAGUGAUUAUCAGAGAACAAAAUUUAGAGAAUUAUAAACUUCUGGCCUUUCUAUUCAGUGGAUGUUAUCUGCAAUUUAGCAUUUCAUGGACACGUCUAGUUUUUGGAAAUUAAAUGUGUCCAUGCAGUUGGCUGUAGAAAUCUGAAUUCUGUAGGUAUAGUAUAUCCUAAUUAUUCUCCCCUAAACUGUUACUCCAAAGUAAUUAAUAAUAUGCUAAUUACUGCAGAGUAACUUCUAAGGAUAGUUAAACUCCAAGAGUAAUUUUUAGGUAUAGGGUCACAUUCUGCUAUGAUACUCAUGCAUUCUGAUAGUGCAACAAACUGACUUCAAAAUUAACUAUAUAUUUAUUUUUUAUGAGACUAGUCAAAUUGGUGGAAGAAUAACGAAGAUAUUAUAAUGCUCAACAGUCCAAAUUGUUGAAUAUAAAAGGGACAUUUACAUUGUCUAGCUCUUGGUAAUACACAGGUAUUAAACCCAACUGUACAUAUUAAAAGGCAGGAUUUUCAUCAGGUUCUGGUGACGUGUACUACUGUGUAUAAAUCAUUUGAGCUUCACUCAUAUUCUGUAUUGUCAUCAGAAGUCUUUACCGAAGAUUCAGCCUUAUGUUACACAGUUGGAUAUAGUUCAUUUACUUACAAAAUGACUUUCUAACUCUGAACACAAUCGGUUUCUAGUUCUGUCAAGAACAUAUAUCAUACCCAGUAAAUGCAGAGGUCUGUUUUACUUGUUUUCAAUGUAUAAAUUCCAUUUCAUAGGAGCAAUAAGACCUUUCAGUGCACAUAAAGGAAAUUAUUGUGCUUUUGGUUGGUUAUCAGAGUCACUUGGCCUUCAGCCUUCUGCCUUAUCAUACCUUCCAAGAUGUGCUCUAAUUGCCAUAUAAUGCUUUGCAUGACGCAUCUUAUUGUUCAGUAUGUAACUCCAGCAGUACUUAUUACAUGCGAACUGUAGAGUCAGAGUUUUUGUGGGGAAUUGUCAUAUACUAUGCAGUGGCUGACUGUGAUUUUGUUUCUGAGACAAGCUCUGACAGUAGUAUGUAUCAAUUCAGUAAAUAAAAAUGUCAAAACUAUCUUAAUUUAGAGCUGAUGAUCUGAAGUACUAAUGGCAGUAUUAAAAUGUGAACAGCAAAAACAAAUUUUACCUUUUGGGGAAAUGUUUGUUUGUCAUAAACUAAUCAGAGUUUAUGCAGGCAGCUGGUUGUAUAGAAGACAUCAUUCCAACAAAACAUGAUAGUGUAUACCUACAAACUGUAUAGUAUGUUAUAUCCUAAAGUUCCCAUAGACCAGCAGACAACAUAAAUGUCAUAUUAAUGUUGACAUGGCAUUGUACCAAUAUUAAUGUGACUCUUGGAAUAUGGAAUGUAAACAGAAGUUUCAAAUAGAAACGUUCUAAUCUUUUAAUUCUUUUUUUUUUUCCUUUUAAAUCAACAAUGGAAUAUAAGGAAAUUCCAUCUUGAGGUUCUGGUAACAAAACCACGAGAGUGGAGCUUGAGUGCUUUAUGUCACCCUAAUCGAGUGCUUUAUGUCACCCUAAUCCUUUGAUGAAAUCACAGCCUUGUAUUACAUGGUUGCUUAUCUAUCAUUCUUCUUCUAAUGUAUCAAUUUAAAGGUUUACAGAAUUAGAUUAGGUUGAAUCUGUGUUGUGUUCAACUGUAAAGGGUCAACACAAAUCUGUCGGCAUUUUGCACACUUAAUAUGUAUUAUUAUAAUACAACAUGUUACUUUUAUGGUAAUUUUUUUUACACAUAUAACUACCUCCAUGAAUUUGAUGAAAUGCAGCAACAUAAAAAGUGUAUUGUAAAAAGCAAGGUUAAAAACUUUGAAGCAUUAGGUCAUGGCGUUCUCUUGUGUGUCAAUACUUGCGUAUGAAGUCAUCAUGUUUCCAUUGCCACAAUUUCCUUUUAAUAUAUUAAAAAUUUGGCUUUUAGAUGAAUCACUUAAAAUUUUGACAAGGCCACAUAAUUUGGUUAAAAGUGAAAGGGAGGCUGAAACCUUUGAUCCUCUCCCCAGUUACUGCUAACAUUUCUGCCUGGUAGAACUUGAAAAUGUGUUUGUAACUUAGCAAAUUUGGAACAUCUACAGUCUGUGAAAUAUGAUUGACAGUUUGAGGUUUAAUGGAAGACACUGGGUAUUUUCUUGGCAGCCUUCAAAUACUUUGGGCCCUACUCUGCCUCCAUUUCUGCCAACGUAUCAGGUCAUAGUUCCUCUUAACUGGCUAGAGCAGAGUGUACUGGAUUUUAAAACAGCUCUUACUUCAGUGAUGCACACUGUUUUCUAAACUGCAUCUGAAACACUUGCUCCUAUAGAAAUUACCAGCAGCCUUUAAUUGACUUCACUGGGAGCAGUCUUAGGGUCCCCACUCAAGGUGUGCAUCUAUUGUGUGAAGAAAGUGGGUGAGUUUCCAGUAAAAAACUGAAUUGUGAAAAGUAGCCAGUUGCAACAAGCCAAUGUUAAAGAGAGAAAAAAAGAAAGAUUUUCCAAAAACCAAAGGAAGAAAGUGGCAGUUGAAUCUAAGCAGAUCACAUUUAUAUACAAAUCCUGAUUUAUGAACACCUCUUUCAGCAAACCCAGUACCAUAAUCCUGAUGCAGAUUGAUAAAAAAAAUCAUCUGUUGAGCUAAUUUUGCUGUAUGAGUAUUUCAGUUAAAAAAUCAUAAGAAAUCAUUAUCCAUUUGACUCCUUGCACCACUGUAAAAUGUCCAUAAUACAAGAAACACUGUUUGCUCCACUUUUAUAACGUCAAAUGUAUUGGAAAACAAAUAUUUUAAUGAAAACCAUGGCCUAAAUGGUUGCCAGCGGUAGUCAUUUUUAUGAAGGAGAACAAGCACACCAGUAUUCAGAGGCCAUCGUAAAUGUGGAUAAUAUUUUGCACUCUAAGUCUUGCCUUUUUGCCUGAGAGCCUUGAAGCACUUCACGCGUCACCAACCAAGACUGUGAAGCAGGCAGAUUUCACUGUCCCUGUGCUAUGUCAGGGCACAUUGAAACAAAGAAAGAUUAAGAGUCUGUGAACUAAUAUGUUAACCAGUUUCUUUCUUUCUUUCUCUUUAAAAGUCGUUAGAGUAAGUUUAACAGGUAACCAAAGUGUUUAAUGUUUAUACUUCACAGUUAUUCUUUUGAUGCAUUUAAUUUGUGUAAGUAAGAGAGAAACUGGUUUCUGGUCCGGCACAGACUCUUACAGCAGCAGUGCCAUAAACAUUUGGUUUUCAGUCAUGUGAGUACUGCCAGCGGUGGUUUUCAAAGCAGUUAAUUAAAAAUUUGUUUUUCAAAUACAUUUCACAGAACUUUUCCCAACGUGAUUGUUCAAAUUGUUGUGCUGAGUAAGCAAAUAGCACUCUUUUAAUCUGGUGUCACACCCACAGUUUACAAUUCUCUUUGCUCUUCUGAAGAAAACUGUACAGUAUUAGAGAGAAAUGUUCUAUUUUUUACAUAAUUCUUUAAAAAUAAAAGUAUAUAUCUAAAAUGUUCCCCCCAACAUAAAUAAAGUACAUGAUUCAUGCAUCAGAAUCUUCUGUUGCGUACAGUGGACCCAACUAAAGCCAAGCUGGUGCUAGAAGAAAAUGGGACUAUCACACUUCUUUUAAGGCAGCGCUCUAAAUUUUGAUUUCAGUUAUGUGGGUGUAAAUCUGAUGAAACUCCCCUGAUUUUACACGGCUCUAACAGAGAUCAGAAUCUGUCACUAACUCCAUUGACGCUCUAUUCUGAGCUGAGGAUUUCUGUGUUCCUCCCCUUGAAAUACGAAAUACCAAGAAGGAGCAGAAGGCCACAUGCAUGCAGUUGGAUUUGAAAAUUCAGCUCGGGUUGAAUCCCUAGUGAAAUGCACAGUCAGCAACCCCUUACCCCAGCCUGGAUGCUAGGACAACAACCAUGUGCUUUGCACCUUGGAAGGGUGAUUUUCAGUGCAGUGCAAUGCCCUCGUGUUGUACAGUGGUUAGAGCCACCCAAAGGAUACCCACCCGUAAGUAUGAAAGGUCUGGUAGGGCCCUUGGAGUAAUUGGCACAGAUGUUACUUUUAUACAUGGAGGAGACUUAAAGGGAUCAUAAUUCUGCAGGUAAUUUUCUGUGAGUGACUGAAUGUGGCUGUUGCAUUAGGUUUAAAAGAGUUACUAAAUGCAAGUGGGACUUACUGUAUGUUAGAAGGGAGUUUUGCAGCCAAGACUGCCUUGUAUAAAUGUGUUUGCACUGAAAAAAGAUUUAAAAAUUACUUGGUCUCUGGUUGCUGUAAAGGUCAUCCAAGAUGGAUGUUCUGUUUAUAUUGUAUAGUAUUUCAUAUGAAAUAAUUUCAGUUCAUGAAAUGUCUUCCCUAACGUUACUGAUUUAUAACAGCACAUUUGUAACAUGGUUUUUAUUGUGUCAGUGUACCAUAUUGUAAAUGAUGAUUACUUGUCAUGCUUAGUAUAAUAAUUUAAAGGAAAAAAGGACAGGGAUUUUUGUAAGUCUAUAUUUGAAAGUCCCUCCAUAUGGUAAUACUGUGUUCAUGUUGUUUAUGUAGUGUUGUGUGAAAUAUCCAUUUUGGAUUGUGUUACUUUUUAAGAUAUUAAAUAACAUUUGGUUAUA